AUGCGGAUGCCAGCACAACUCAACAUACCCAAGGCCACUCGAGACUGGGUAGCAGACGCCAAAGUCUUAUACAUAGCGGCUGAAGUCUUCGAGGCACUCCAGCUACCCGUCGGGAUUAGGAUCAAUCACCGCUUGAUCCUGAACGGCAUGUUUGCAGCAAUUGGUGUCCCACAAGCCCUCUUGCGUCCCAUUGGCUCAGCAGUCGACAAGCUCGACAAAUUUCCGUGGAGCGAAACCAAGAAAGAAAUGGAAGAAAAGGGUCUCGAGUCCAGUAUCGCUACCGAACUGGGUGAGUAUCUGCUGCGAGAAACAGUAGCAGAUAUUACCUCGAAAUUGGCACUCCUUACUUCAGACACAUUCCUAUCGACCAACACGGACGUAAGACAAGGCGUGGAAGAGAUGGAACUGCUCAUGCGAUAUCUCAGCGCCUAUGACGUCGCCAAAUAUGUCCAACUGCAGCUGUCGUUAGCCCGAGGACAAGACUACUACACUGGCCUGAUAUAUGAGGUUGUCCCUCAGUACCAGGCAAGCACAUCCAUUGGCAGUAUUCCAGCCGGAGGCCGGUACAACAAUCUUGUAGGCAUGUUCAGCGGUCGAGACGUUCCAUGCAGUAAAGAGCAGAAGAAGCCGGUAAUUUACAGGCGCAACAUCGAUGUUUGGAUAGUGAUUGCACCGAAUAGUAGCACCUUGAUUGAACAAGGGAUGGUUCUUGCGAGAGAGCUUGGGUACUCUAGCAUCAGCGCUACAUUUGACGCAAAAGCCGAUAAGCAACCAAUGAGGCAGGUAGAUGCUGCCGAGAAGACGGCGGCGAUGAUAGUGUUGUUGGAAGAUGAUGCAGUCUCUGGGAUACGACUCAAGAUGGCCUCAUUGUCGGACAAAAACAUCGACGCCGCAGCGCCUAUCCCCCGCGACAUGUGGUCGGCGAGGUGA